ACACAGAUAUCAGAGCUGUUCCGUGCACUGGUCAUCCACUGCCUUCUCUGCUCAACUCUGCGAUGAGUUCUCCUCCUAUUCUCAAUCCUGACGUCUAUCUCAACUAUCUCAUUCCCUCGAUCGCAAGCCAGUAUGAGCUGAACAGAAAUAUGACUCUGGCGAUUCUGGGUGCCUUGAUAUGGGAUAUCCUAUCCAGCAUCCCAAGCGAUUAUAAGUUGAUGCAGAUGGGGAGAGUAUCCGUCGUACUGUUUGCCUACUUCGUGGCUAGGCCAGCAUCGAUGGUCAUGGUUCUUCUGGCCAUCUUAUUGUUUACGGGUCCUGUCUUGCACUGUGGAGCUGUAGCUUUGGGCAUCGCGACUUGUCAAGUGGUAUCUUCCGCAGCAGCAUCAUACCUCUUUCUCAAACGUGUCCAUGCCGUCUACUUCGGAAACAAAGUUCUCCAACAUAUCUUCAACUUCCUUUGGCUCGUUGGCGUCGGCACGUCCUGUGCCGUAUUCGCUGGCGUCUAUUGCAGCUCUCUCGAGAUUGCCGAUACCAAGCACUGCAUUCGGCACCGAGGCUCGUCUGCGUUGGAAAUCGCGUUUAUGGACCCCGUCCUUUUCGACACCCUUGUCUACUUCGCGAUCACGCAUAAAACCCUCAUUACUCACACAACACGAGGAGGCUGGAGGGCACUGUUCCGUGGUGGCAGAGUGCUCCCUCAUUUUUCUCGGGCAGUCUUGCAAGGCGGGCAACAGUACUGUUUGAUAACGAUCGGCAUCACCUUGACACGCUUCGCAUUGAGUUUGUCACCUGCAUCUCCAACACUCCAAGUUAUCUUGUCGAGCCCUGCGGUGUCAUUGACCAGUGUAAUGGCAUGCAGAGUCCAUCGGAACCUGAUCAUCCAAUCAAUGGAUAAUGGUGGUGGGUCGGGAAUGGAGCGGAAAAUACCUGGAUUUUCAGAUACCCAGGUAGUGGAUAUAUCGCUCCCGAGGAGACUAGGUCCGAUGUCACCAGACGGUGGAUAUGAUGUUCGGCAUGACUCCGCAAUUUCUGAAGCCGAGACAGUGUAUCCCUAGUAGUCCCCUCGGUGUACAUUUUGCAAAUAAUGGGAUGGCCUGUUGCACUUCAACCUAUGGCAUAUGAUGCAACGGACGCUAGUUGUAGCUAAUUUCGUG